AUGUUGAGUCGCCAGCUUUUCCGCUGCGUUCGGCAAGGAAUCGCCCCCUCAACAAGUCAGGCGGUCUUUCACACAACACCUAGUAAUCUAGUAUUACACAGAGCGAAGCCACUAGACGAAGAAAUUCACGCAGAAACGACGGCAGAUGUCAAAAAAAUUAGGAGAAAUGCGCAAGUUUUGGAUUUGGCGCCGAAAAAGAGGAAAAAAGUGGAUCUAGUUAUGACCGAUACACAUCUUUCACAAUGGUAUAAAAUGGAGCCGAAGAAUCUCGCCGGCGAUUAUUUGCAAUUGUCAAAAUCGAAACUGAGCGGCUUCAUCGCCGCCACCGCGUGUUGCGGCUAUUUGAUGGCGCCAGUGCCUGUCGAGCUUCUUCCACUGGCCGCCUGCACAACCGGCACAUUUCUAUUGUCGUCGGCAGCGAACGCGUGUAAUCAGCUGCUCGAAGCGCCGUACGACGCGCAAAUGAGGCGCACACAGAGUCGCGUUCUCGUUGUCCAUCGAUUCUCGCCGCUUCACGCGUUCACGUUCGCCGGAAUCACGGGUCUGUCGGGAAUCGCCAUGUUGUCGGUGUGCAACAAUCCGACGGCGGCGCUCCUCGGCGCUCUCAACUGGAUUCUGUACGCCGGCGUGUAUACGCCGAUGAAACGGACGCACAUCGCGUGCACAUGGGCUGGAGCGGUGGUUGGCGCAAUUCCGCCAUUGAUGGGCUACGCAGCCGCCACCGGCACACUGGAUCCGGCGGCGUGGUGCCUGGCGACAAUAUUGUUCUCGUGGCAAUUUCCGCACUUCAACGGUCUCAGCUGGAAUUUGCGCGGCGAUUACAGUCGGGCCGGAUAUCGAGUGAUGUGUGUGACGAACGAGCGAUUGUGUCGGAUCACGUCGAUACGCCACAGUUUGGCGCUUGUCGGAUUGUGCUCGAUCGCGGCUCCGCUCACCGACCUCACCACCGUCUCAUUUGCCCUCGACUCUCUUCCGGUCAACGCGUAUCUCGUCUAUCUCUCAUAUCAAUUCUACAAGGCUCCCGACGCGAAAAACUCGCGAAAAUUGUUCUUCUACAGUUUGAUCUACCUGCCACUAAUAAUGCUUCUAAUGGGAAUUCUUUUGAUGAAUGAACGCGAUCGAGCCGCGACUAUCUAUUAUGAAGCGCACGCGAAUUUCGGAACUCCGCCAAAAGAAUCGGGCGACUAUCGUGUGAGGUCGGCGGCGAACAAGCAGCCGGUGGAUUUCGACGAGGAUCGCGUGUACGAAGUGUUCAAGAAGGAUCAGACGCAGGUGUUCUCGUAUCAGCGACGAGAGCCUCAAACGCGAAACGUGCCGAUAAUGCAGAAUAUGGUUCGAUCGGCGAAUUAUCAUCAUUCCUCAUCGGGCGUCGUUCAAAUGCCGCCGAUGUCGACGUCGUCGUACGACUAUUCUUCGAGCGCGAUGCCGCCGCGUUCGGAAUGGUCCGAAGAUUUUCGGCCGGGUCGUUCCGACGUCGGAGGCCCGCGAAAAUCGUCGGCGCAAUUGGUGUUUGUGCGCGGCAGCCAUCCGAUGUCGACGCCAUCGAGCGUCAAAGAUUUCGGCACGAUUGGAGGAUAUUCCGAUGAGCGGUAUGGACGAAACAGUGCGGUUCGGCAACACGCGCGCGACUACGAGUUGGAUCCGAGGUUGAACGUCACCUAUCCGCAAUUUCAUGUCGCCGAAUGGAAUGAGCGGCAUCAGACGAGUUUUCCGACGCCGAAUCGUCCGCCGCGAUUUCCGGUCGAGCGGAAUGCGUACGAUGAUGUGAGUGCGUCGAAUGGCGUCGAGAAGGAGACGGCGAUUCUCAACGAUGAUUAUGACAAUGUGCCGAAUUCGAUUGACGGCGAUAUUGAUCGAAAGCUCGUCGAGCUCGCGACGCGCGGUACCGUCGCCAACGAUGAUGAUGAUGACGACGACGACGAGGCAUUCGAAUUGCGGCUCGCUUCCGAGUCUGUCGAGUGUGGCGAAGAAGCGCGCGAGAAUAUUGUCGCGAAAAUUCGCCGAUUGGGUCAGCCUCAGCAUUUGUGA